UGCCCGUGGACCGGUGGCCGGUGGUUAGUUGGCACGUCGGCGAGCCGCACCACACUGGGACUGGGACAGUGCUCGCCACUCCGGCGCGUGCCGCGUGCCGCGCGCCUUCGUCCCCUCGGCAAGCAAGCCCAAGAUUCGAUCCAUCCAUCUCCAUCCCCCGCCACCACCACCACCUCACGGCGACUCCGCUGCUCACCCACCUCCUCUUCCCCUCCCGGAUCACGAGGCAACGCCACUCGCAAGAUUCCCGUGAGCCGAGAGAUCUGCGCGGCUGCGCUACGCAGCCGCACUGCGCUUGCUUACCCGAGCUUACUCCGCUCUGCUCAUGCCGCUGAGGUAGAGUCCGCAGCGCGCGGGCGGGCGGGGGACAGGUACGGGCCGGCCUACGCCGGCGGUGGCCACGGCCAGCCUCCUCGGUCGUCGGGAUGAAGCCGCGGAAGUUCGGCUACGGCUACGGCCGGGGCAGGCGCGCGGCGGCGCUGCUCCUGCUGCUGUUCUGCCUCUGCCUCAGCAGCCUUUUCCUCCUGCUUCUCCAUGGCUCCUCCGCGCCGCUGGAGCCCGCGGCGGAGCAGAAGGCGGCGGGAGUGACCGAGCCGCAGGCGGAGGUGGAGGAGGCGCCGCUACCGCCGGGGAACUCCAAGGUCGCUUUCCUCUUCAUCGCGCGCAACCGCCUCCCGCUCGAACUCGUCUGGGAUGCCUUCUUCCGCGGUGACAAGGAUGGGAGGUUCUCCAUCCUCGUGCACUCGCGGCCGGGCUUCGUGCUCACCCGAGCCACCACCCGGUCCCGAUUCUUCUACAACCGUCAGGUCAAUGACAGCAUCCAGGUGGAUUGGGGGGAGGCGAGCAUGAUCACGGCGGAGCGCAUUCUGCUCAGCCAUGCUCUUAAGGAUCCGCUCAAUGACCGCUUUGUUUUUGUCUCCGACAGCUGUGUACCAUUGUACAAUUUCAGCUACACUUACGACUACAUAAUGUCAUCAUCAACCAGCUUUGUAGACAGUUUUGCUGAUACAAAGGCAGGGAGAUACAACCCAAGAAUGGACCCAGUUAUUCCAGUGGAGAAUUGGAGAAAAGGCUCACAGUGGGCUGUGCUAAUUAAAAGGCAUGCUGAGGUUGUGGUUGAUGAUGAAGUGGUGUUACCGGAAUUCCAGAAGCAUUGCAGGAGGAGACCCUUGCCAGAGUUCUGGCGGGAUUGGGAUCGUCCCAUUCCUGCAGAGGCAUGGAAAGCCCAUAACUGCAUACCAGAUGAGCACUAUGUUCAGACGUUGCUUGCACAAAAUGGUCUAGAAGAAGAACUUACACGACGAUCAGUAACACAUAGUGCAUGGGAUCUUUCAGCUUCUAAAGAUCGUGAAAGACGUGGGUGGCAUCCUGUAACAUAUAAAGUCUCCGAUGCUACUCCUAGACUUAUAAAAUCUAUAAAGGAUAUCGAUAAUAUAUAUUACGAGACUGAAAAUAGGAGGGAGUGGUGUACAAGUAAUGGAAAGCCAGCACCCUGCUUCCUUUUUGCUAGGAAGUUUACACGUGGAGCUGGUCUCAAGCUUCUUGAUUCAUCACUGAUAGCUUCAAAGUGAUGAAUAUAGUGGCAGGGGCAACUGCCUUUAGAUUGUUUUACCCUUACAAGAAUAUUUCAGUUCACACAAAUGUAAAGGAAGGUGCGGGACCACGGGGGAGACAAAAAUUAACAGCAGACUUUUUCUUUUUUGGUUCAGCGUGUGGUAUCAUAUUAUUUUGUUGCUUCAUAGAAAGGCACGAUACAUGUUGUAAAGAAAUAUCUUCGUUUCUUUUAUUGCCUACUAGGAGGAUAGCACGUUGAUUAACACAUUACUCAUCAUUGUAACACCAGUCCACCGGUUGGCUGUGGAGUCCUGAGAAAAUUUGUCGGCAAAACUAGAACUAUGAAGAAAUGUUGUCUCAUACUACUGUUCAUAUUCAUUUUACUGUACA